UGCGUGGUGGUUUGGCGCCAGCAAUUUCGCGGGGCAGCAGCAGCAGCACAAGAGAAGAAGGAAGCUAAAAUAUUAAACAUAUAAAAACUGGGGUCCAGAGUUACAAACACCACAAAGUGAAGAAGACGGCCGGUGUGCGCUGGUCUUCAUGGUGUGUUUGUGUCAUUUCUGCGUCCUGCAUUUCGUCCUGAACUCGGAGCUCUGGAUAGAGUGGAGGGUCAACGCAGCUUUACGUACAUCUCACUGAGGCCUUGAGGAGGUGCGUAAUAAUGAUGGCGACGGCGGAGCCUCCGAGCAGUUCAAGUCUCCUCCCACUGCUGGAGUCUCUUGAGGACAGCACAGCUGGGCAGUCAGAGCAGACAGACGCCUACCUCACCAUCGCCAAUCGUCUCAGCGGAGAAGAAGGCCGCCAGUUUCUCCCUGCCAUUGAAAAGCACUUUUCUCGUUUGGGUAAAGCCACUUUGGCUCACAUAACCAGUCCAAAUGCAGAGCUGAGCCAAGCUGCCUUACAAGCUUUAGGCUUUUGUUUGUACCAUUCUCACGUCGCCUCUGGAGUGUCUGAAACCUUUGCAGAGGAAUUACUGUCCGCACUUUGCUCCUUGGUGAUGAAAUCAACAGACAAGAACACAUGCACCAGAGCAUUAUGGGUCAUCUCAAAACAGAACUUUCCUCCACAUGUGGUUGCCAAAAAAGUGUCGUCUAUACUGGGUGCGCUGGAGAGUGUGUGGAGUAGAGAGGAUGUCCAGUCUGCGGUGAUGGAGCAUGAGGCCUUGAAUGUUGUCAUUAGGAUGGUGGAGCAAGUACCGGUCCAGAUGGGGGAUGGAGCGGUGCGGUGGGCGAAGCUCGUCAUUCCGCUGGUGGUCCACUCUGCCUCUAAGGUGCGUCUACGGGCCGCAGCAGCCGUGGAGAUGGGCAUGCCUCUUCUCCUGGAAAAACAGAUGGACGUGGCUGCCAUCAUCGAACCAAUGAUGUCCUCAAAACUGAUACCAGAGCUCCAGAAGCUUUUCAUGUCCAAGAAUGAAACUAAUGUCUUGAAGCUCUGGCCCUUAUUUGUGAAAUUGCUCGGAAAGUUACUGCACAGAGGAGGCCCCUUCAUCAAUUCUCUGCUGCAUUUGGAGGAACUUGGUUUCCGCAGCUCUUCUCCUACCAUCAAGAAGAUUGCCUUCAUUGCCUGGAAGAGCCUCAUAGAUAACUUUGCCCUGAAUCCAGACAUCCUCUGCAGUAGCAAACGUAUGAAGCUCCUGAUGCAGCCCCUCACAUCCAUCCAUGUCAGGACAGAGGCUCUGCUGCUCACCAAGGUGGAGGUCUGGUGGUACCUGGUGGUGCAACUUGGGCCCAACCUGUCACCCAACUUUGAUCAGGUUUCUGUACCCCUGCUCCAGUGCACUAUUGGAUCUGACUCCUCUUCAGUCCCAGGCACCCCUUCUAGGGCUGUCGGUCAGAAUGGUGCUGUUGCACCGGGCACACCCAAGACUGGCACUUCAGGCUUCAACAGCCCAGCCAGCACGCCUCGGAUGAGCCUGAACUCCAGCGUCCAGAUCCCCUCCACCUUCCCCUCCAUCCAGCUGCUGGGCCUGGAGAUGUUGCUUCACUAUUUUUUGGGACCAGAGGUUAUUGCUGCAGCAUCAAAGAACAAACUCAACCUGAGUCUUGAGCCCUUGAACCACCCUCUCCUCUCUGGUGCUUCCUCUUUUACUAAACAUGCUGCUGUGCUCACCUCUAACAUCAGAGAUGGAUUCAUCAGCAUCGGCAAAGACGCUCCAGAUCCUCUUCUGGCUGUCAUAUGGACCGGCCUUGUCCAGUCUGUCAACUUAACUAUAGAGUCUGUAGGCAGUAAAAAGGAUCGCCAGGGCUGUGAGGUACUGACCAUGAUGCUCCAGGUUCUGCAGAGCAUCGUCACUUCAGAAGCUGUGCCUGCAAAUAAAGUCCUGAUUCUGUUUGAGGCCACAGUGAAAGGUCUUCCCCAGAGAGUUCUUGGCUCUGCCUCCUAUCAAGUGGGCAAAAUGGAUGUGCUAAAUGGGACGCCUGCUCUGUUCCUCAUUCUGCUCCUCUACAACAGCAGCAUGCUCUCAGCCUACAUAGAGGACGAGAGUUUUUUUCAGUGCCUUCAAACGCUGGUGGGCUGCGGUUUGUCCGGACCCACUUCCCCUCUUGCGUUCGCGGAGGCGGUGCUGGCGGCCAUCAGACGCAGCGCUGGGUCCGUGCAGAACAAGGAGCGGCUGUGGAUGAUGUGGAGUGUGAUGGUCAGCCCGCUUACCGACACAAUCACACAGUCAAAUGAAGUCAACCAAGGGGACGCUCUGGAGCACAACUUUAGUGCCAUACACUCUGCCUUGUUGUUCCCAGUUACACACCUACUACGUGGCGCACCACUACAGCAGGCGGCCCAGAAGUCGAUGCUGUCUUCGUGGUCAAAGCUGUACAAAGUGUUUGCUCGGUGUUCUGCGCUGGUGGUCACAGCUGAGGAGAACAUCUGCUGUGAGGAGCUCUGUACAAAGAUGACGGCUGCAAUAGACAGAGACGCACUAAUGGUUCCUUCAACGUUAAAUGCUGUUGCCAGUUUCCUCCAUGUCAUGGUCGAGUGCGUGGACUUCUCGCCCUACACUCCUCAGUUUCAGCAGAAACUAAAGUCUCCUCACACUCCAGUAAACUGGAUGAAAAAGAGGAAUAAGGUCCUGGGGAAUCUGUCCACCUUCCAGUCACUGCUAGUUCAAUGUCUAGAGGUUUAUCUGGAGGGCCCUGAGGCUUCCUCUGAAGCCACAGGAUUGGCCCUGGUCACCGUCCUGUCUGCCCUCUUCACCAACCUCGUUCUUGCCAACACUGUCAAAGAAGCCCUGACUUCCCUGAUUCACCCUCUCACCCUCUUCUACAAACAAGCAGCCAGUGAGCCGCCCAAAUUUAACUCGCAACUUCUGGGAAAGUUGGAGAAGCUUCCCAGUGAGGUCCUCGGCUGCCUGCAGACCCGCUCUACUUUGGCGUACAACGAUGAACUCCUGGCUCUGCUUUCUCCUCUGCUUUGCGUGUUGUUUCCUCACAAGAACAAGCAGCUCCGCACUACAGUCGUCCAGUUCUGGAACUCGACCUUCGCCAACUCAGUCAGCCUCACUUACCCCGAUGAGAUCAGGCCAGUAUUGAGCCAAGUGAAGCAGAAGACCCCAAUCAUUCUUCCUGGCUUUGAGGUUGUCAGUGUUCCUGAUGAGCUCAGUGGACAAUAUUCAAGUGAGAGUUCCCAGUUGGAGACCAAGCUGAGUGGGAUGCCGGUUUCAUCUGCGGGGAAGAGGGACUCUCUGCUGGGAAAGGCUGCUGAGCUGAAGGACAGGAGCUCCACAAAGACCUCCAAGCCAGUUUCUACAAAGCUGGACUUUGGUUCUCCCAAACCUCCUCGCAGAGAGGUUUUAGAGGAGGAGGCUUCCAUCGACUUUGUCUUCAUUCCUCCUGAGACAAAGGAGCGAGUUUUGACGGAGCACCAGAAGGAGGUGAAAAGGACUAAGAGGGUUGACAUCCCUGCUAUGUACAACAACCUUGAUGCUUCUCUGGAUACAACGGUUUUCACCCAGUACACACAGAGCCAAGAAGACUCUUCGGACAAAGUGCAAACUGAACAAGCUGAAGAGGUUACCAAAGAGUCUUCUGGCACGGUUCUUCUUGAAGCUGUGGAGAAUGAGGAAGACAAUGAAAUUCUAACAACAGACACUCAAGACUAUGCCAGCCCAAGAGCAGGAGAUAACAUGACAGAAAACCAAGAGCAGGAAGAGAUGAUCCCUGAGUCAGCAGAGGUUUCUAUGGAGGAUGAUGCCAAGAGUGACGAUAAGGCAGAAGAUAUGGACAUCCAGUCUAAAGAAGGCACCAGUCCUAACAUGUCUGGCUCUUCAGAUUUGGUCUCAGGAACUCCCCAGAAACCCAACAGUCGCCGUCAGUCCUUUAUCACUCUGGAGAAGUAUGCAGAGGGAAAGCCUGCCAGCCCCAGCAGUGUGUCCACCUUCACAGGUCCCCUCAUAAAGACCUCCAAUAGCCAAGAACGCUCAAACACCAAGAAGACAUCAUCCUCUAAGGCAUCCACUGCUCCAAAUGUUCAAGAUUCCCAGUCCGCUCAGACUGGAAAAAUGAACUUGCAGUCUCCUGUGAAUGAUGCCACAGAGUCUCCUCGAAGGCCAAAAGACUCUGGGACAAGAAGUGAGCCAGUUAAACUGACUGAGAGGAUGCCCAGUGAUGCAACAGAGGAUGAAGAUGUUAUCCCAGACACCCAGGCAGAAGUGGAGGCCAAGGAGAGUACAGAAAUAGAGGAAAUGAUGCCCUCAAGCCAGGAAGAGGAAUCUGAACCAACUCUCGAUGAUUCUCAAUCCUCUGUGACCCAGACCUCUCCAGGUGAACCCAGGCGGUCUGGACGUUACAGAGUCAGACCUCUGCUACCCGGAGAGGACCCCGAUGAACGCGAAGAUAAAUACACGCAGUUCAAAAGGAGACGUUCUGGAGAAGAACCUAAAAGCAAUUCUCCUAAGUCGAGCUCAGUGCAAAGCAGACCAAACACGCGAAGUAAGCAGGCUGCUGAGGAGGACAAUGGCAGAGACAGAUUACGAAGCAGGGCUCAGAAGGACAAGACUGAGUCGAGGCAAACCAAUUCUCAGGGCAGAGCACACAAGAAGAUCAAAUUGUACAGCAAUUCAGAGUUCCUUGAUCAACCUGAACCCAGAAGGAGAAGCAGUAGAGCGCAUGAGUCCAGCCAAACGGAAACACAGUCUGAUUACGAAAGCCAGUCACAGGGUAGGCAAGGUCGGCGGAGCAAAUCAUCACUAGACACCAAGGAUAAAGAUGGAAUGAAGAAAAAUCUUUUGCCUGACAAAGAAGAGUUCAGCCAAACUGCCACACAUGAGAUUGUAGAACAGGUCGAAAAGGAUGGUGAUAAGCCAAAGAAAGAUUCUCAAAUGAUCACUCCUUCCCCUCAAACUGAUGGUACAUCCCAGGAGUUUGAGCUUGUAGAACAGAUUAAACAAGAUGAUAAACUAACAGAUUCUCAAAUCAUCACUCCUUCCCUUCAAACUGGUGGUAUAUCCCAAGAGUCUAAGCUUGUAGAACAGACGGAACAGACUGAAAAACACAGUGAUAAACUAAAAGUGACCUCUUCUCAAACUGGUGGUACAUCCCAAGAGUUUGAGCUUGUAGAAAAGACAGAAAAAGAUGAUGAUAGACUAAAAGAUUCUCAAAUGACCACUCCUUCCAUUCAAACUGGAUCCCAAGAAUUUGAGCUUAAAGAAAAAAAACCUAAAAAGGGAAAGAGAGCAUCUCAGACAAUCACUUCUCCAACUAACGACGAAUCCCAAGAUACAAGCACAACAAAGUUGGUGAAUGAAUCAGAGGUCAAUGACAAACACAAGACAAGAGAAGGUAUGGAUGACAAUCUUAGUCAAGAGGACUCUGAAGUGAUCACACCUUCGUCUUCUGACAGCCAGUCUGUGCGUAGAUCCAGGAGAAGCAAAUCAUCUGAGGCAGCAGGGUCUGAAGAUAAAAGUGAAAGUAAGGAUUUAUUAGGAAGGCAGAGUAGGUCCAGUUCUCAGGCAGCAUUGUCAGCGGUCGUCCAGGAAGAGGCCAGAAUUGGAGGUAGGACCAGAAGGAGCAAAGUACAAGAGGAGCAGUCAGUGUCGAGUCCGAGCUCCACCCCACAGAGUUCUCAGUCAUUAGAUGUUGCUGGAUCAACAGAGUCCUCUCAAGGCAGGGGCAGAUACUCAAGACGAAGAUCUUCUCAAGCCUUAGUAGCCAAUAUAGAGUCCUCAGAGUCUGAAUCCUCGGAGGCCAGGGACAAUUCACCUAUGCUCAAAAAGAGAGGCAGGAAACCUCGAGCAUCUCUUCAGAGUCCUCUCACUCUUGAAUCUAAAGACAAAAUGACCAAUGAUAUUGUAAAGGAUGAUUCUGAUACUUCUAAAAAGGCAGAUACACAAAGCAUAGAAGAUAAAAAAACUGACACUGAUUUAGAGGAUUCAUUAAAAACCCAACAUCUACAGGGUUCUGAGUCGCUCCAAGUUACACAUAACGUUGAGGAGGAACGUAACAAAGAAUCUCCAAUGGAGGUAGAGGUUGAUACUGUUCAGAAAACUGAGACUGAAGACACAAAGAGCAAAUCGCUCGGUCUGUCCCCUCACAAGGAGGGGCAAAGACAAGAGCGCUCUGAAACAAACAUGGAUGAUGCCUCUUUACAAGAAAGUGACUCUCAGGACUUGCAAUCUGCUGAAAUGCUCGAAUCAGUUGGAAUCUGUACUGAAAAUGUGCCCUGUGACCCAUCUGCUGUGGACGCACUGGUGCCACCUAAUGAGACAACAGAGAAACUGCAGACUUCAGAGGAGGAAGCUGCACCUCAAGCAUCCGAGUCUGUUGAGAAUGUUACAGAAAAACAAAAUGAUGAUUUGGAUUCAAACCACCACGAACAUCCAGUUCCAGUGGAGGAUGCAGCUGGGGACAGUCACAGCACCUCUUUUGGACAAAAUCAAAUGGAGUGUCUAGAUGUCGUACCGGAUUUUUCAAAGGAGGAGGAAGAGUCUGCCUCCAUCAAAGAAGGCCAAUCAACAAAUGAGCACACAGAGGCCAGCGCCGGUGAUGACAUCACACCUCUACAGGAGAGCGAUAAAGACGGCAAAACCCAGAGUGUAGAGUGUCAGGAUGAAGAGGAAACUGAGACCGCCAACGAUGAGAACAAUGUCGUAGCAAAUUUGGUUGAUGUUUGCAAUACAUCAGUGUUAUCAGAAUCGACGAGCAAAGAUGCUUUUCUGGAUUCUCCGGCAAAACAAAAGGACCUGGAGGCUGUAAUGGAGACGGAUGUCAUCCACAGCCCCAGUAGUGGCCGAACCAAAGGAACCUGGUCUCCUUCAGCCUCCCCAUCGACCAGUAUUCUUAAAAAGGGCCAGAAGAGACCACUAGAGGAUGAGACUCCCUCACCUCUUGUCAAAUCCAGGCGUGUAUCCUUUGCUAAUCCAAUCCAACAUCAGGAAGUAGCAGAUGACAUUGAUCGUCGCAGCCCUGCCAUCAGAACCAGCUCGCCCAGGAGAUCCAAAGUUAGCAGUGUGCCACAGCCUAAGUAUGUCACUACUCCAACAAAAGGCUUGCUGGUCUUUAGUCCCAGAAAUCUGCAUAGUCCAGGUUACAAGAGCUCCAAGAAAUGCCUGAUUUCUGAAAUGAGCCAAGAGCCGCGGCCUGUCUCCAGAGACUGUAUCUACCCUGCCCUGGUUGGCUGCUCUGCACCUGUAGAAGCUGUGCUACCUCAGAUAUCCUCCAACAUGUGGUCUCGGGGCUUUGGGCAGCUUGUUCGAGCCCGAAACAUCAAAACAGUCGGUGACCUCAGUGCUCUUACUCCCAGUGAAAUCAAGGCUCUGCCAAUUCGCUCACCAAAGAUCUCCAAUGUCAAAAAGGCACUCAAAAUCUAUGAACAACAGCGUAAAGGACGAGGUGGUGAUGAGUUGAAGAGUUUUGAUGAAACGGAGAUGAUGACUUCUGAACUUGAGGAGACCAGUGCUCCUCAAAACCAGGAUGAAGAGGAUAAGACCUCAGGCGAGACACUAGCAACAGAGCUGAUGGACGAGCCUGUUUCUGACGAUGGGAGGCCGGAGCAAGAAAGCUCCGGGAAUCCGACACCUGACACGCUGGUUGGACAACGAAGACCUGAGGGUCACCCUGAAGGGCUGCUGUCAGAGGUGGAGGCCCUGACCUGCAGGAUGACGCCAUUAGAACUCGGUUACUGCUCACCACAGCAGCUCGUUCAGAUGCACGAUCAGUUGGGAGGCAUGAUGAGGCGUGUGGUAGUCGAGCUGCAGACACGCCUGUGCCAAACAGAUGGCAAACGCUGAAGAGACUACUGCUUCUGUUGGAUCAGACUGCUAUAAAGACCUUUUUAAAAAGAAGAAUCUAUUCAAUAUGACCCAAAGGAUUUGACCCUUUUUCUUUCAUCAACCCAGGCUUUGUUUAGAAAUGGGAGAAGGAUUUUAUGGUUUUAACUCAGAAUGCCUUGGCCUAGUCUCACCUUAUUGUUUUUGUUUUAGUUAUGUUUUUUAAAAUGCUAGCAGCACUUUUUUUCAUUUUUAGCUUGAGCUGUUGUGUAGUUUAUGAAUCUAAGAAACACUCAAAGGGAAACACUCUUUUCAAGCUGUGUCAAAAGAAGGUUUUUAAGAACUGUAGUCUUGAUGGUAUUUUCCUACUUUAUCCUCUGUAGACUGUGUAUAUGAUUCCUCCAUGUGCCUGUUUUUAGGCUGUUUACAACUCAACUCAUCAGUGCUCUUGUAUAUUUUUGUAGUCUGUCACUCCAUGUUAACGUCUUAUUGCAUUUUUAAAUUUAUGAAGCAUACUGUAGAUGUUGGUAGACAGUGUGCACUUCAGUCUCUAUUUGUGGUUUUAAAUACUUCAAUAAAAGAAAGAACUGAUUUUAUUUUU